AUGUCGAGCGGGUGAGUUUUUCAUCGAUUUUGAUUGCAGAAGACUUCAAAUAAAAAUUUCAGACCAACUUCAUGCGGAUGCAAAGCGAAGUGCUUGGCAGAAAUUCCGUAUUAUGGUGAUUUAAUCAGAACUUACUCACCAAAGUGUGCUGCGACUAUUCUAAUGGCGAAUAGAAGAGGUAUGAAAUAUCCAAAAUCAUUUAUUACAUUAUGGGCAUAUGCAAAUGAAAAAUGGAAAACGGAAUCCGAAGACCAUAUUGAGGCGAUUCACCAUUUCGCACAUUGUGCGAAUAUAUUGAAAUAUAGUUCAGAACAUGGGUGGAAAGAAGAGGCUGCGAAAGUCAAAAUGGAUAUUACUGAUCUCGAAUACAAAGAGGUAAGUGAGAAACAGAAAAUUCCAGCAAAUUUUCGAUUUUGAGUCAAAAAUGUUCUAUGGUUCAGACAAGAUUAACGAUUUUUGAAGACAUUUUGGAAUUUACUAGAGCUUUCGGGCAAAAUUAUUUUCGAAAAUUGAUGUUUUUUCAGUUUCUAAAUAUUCGCGUUCGACUUAUCGAUGGGACGUAUGAAAAAAUUCAAAUAACUGAAUUUGAAACGGUCCACCGUUUGAAAUUGAAGAUCGACAAUGGAAAUGGCAUUGAAUGUCAUUUGUCAUUCGGUGGUGAAAUUAUGGUAGACCACAAGUUUCUUACAGACUAUCCAAAUGUAAGCUAAUGAAUAUAAAAUAUAAAAUGAUCACUCUUUUUUUCGUACAGCUUAAGUACGAUCCCGAAGUUAUUCAACAAAUAGCAUAUUGA